UCCAUGACUUCCAAGAGUUUUAAUGUUUAUUAUAAGAGCUGUUAUUCAGUGGAAACCUUUGGAAAUAUUAAAACAGCUGAAUUCGCUGAUUAUAUAUAUCAGUAACUUAAAAUGUGACUUUAAAUUUCACCAUGAACAUAAUUACGACUUUAAGUCACAUCAUCUCAGAUUGUUUGGUGUUGUAUCUUUCACAGUGUGCCAUUCUGACCCUCCUGCAGAACGUUAUUCAUUUCCUAUUCCUAUUCCUAUUCAUUGAAAAAGUUGACGUUUUCUCUACAUUUUAUCAGCGUUUUUUAUUGUUUCAGCUGUUUAAGAAGGAGGAACGGGAUAUCCCUGAGAAAUCCACUUUUGGUUUGAGGCGUAUAUUGACCAAAGAGUGUGUCGUAUUUAUACUGCAGUGUCCUUGCACGUAUGACAUAGCUCUUUGUUUUAGUAUUGCUUUUUUUAAUAGAGGGAUCUUACAGGAAGUGUUUCAGCUGCAUUUUUCAGUCAACUGUCUUAUGCUCGUCUGAUGCAAGGUCCGCUGUUCCCACAGACACCCACCGACCAGGCACACACCAGGAGGAGGAUGGCCGGGGACGGGAUGCCUUUCUCGGAUGGAGAGCCGGCGGCGGUGCCCGCCUAGAGUCCGGAGCUCCUGCACCGGGAAACAAAAACAUCAGACAAGACUGUUCCUCUGUCUUUAAUCGGUGAAAUAAUCACCUCUUAGAUCCACUGAUCCAUUGAUCCCAUUGAUUGGUGAGUGGGAGGAAAGAGAAGGGGGGAGCCCGCGCGCACCGGAGACACCGGGACCAUGAUCCGGAGCUGCACGGGGUUUAUCUGUGAAGGAUAGAGCCGCCAAGAAGAAAAGAAAGAAGAAAUAAUAAAGGAGAAGGUUUAUCAUCUUUUCUGCUCGUGCAAUAUACAUUCACUAAUCCCGCUCAUCUAUUGAUCCAUUGAUUGGUGACUGUUUGUUUUGCGCACCGGAGAGACCGGGACCAUGAUCCGGAUUUGCUUGAGAGUUAUAUCCAAAGUGAUCGGUGACUGCUCUGCGUUGGGAGAAAGAACCGGAGGUUAAACUAAGAGGCGGGAGCGCAUCGGAGACAGCCGGGACCAUGAUCAGGAUCUUCCCGGAUUUCAGCGUCCAGGUGACGGCCUCGGCUGCCGGAGGAGCCGUGGGUGGAGGCGGAGGAGGCGGCGGAGGCGGUGGGAUGGUGACCGGACCCCCGGUGGGUCGGGUGCCGGUGCCGGUCCCCGGAGCCACGAACGGGACCCCGCAGAGCGUGCAGGGAAUCACCGCCUACCAGCAAAGUGACCCCUACUGGGAGCGGCCGGCUAAUGCAGGCAGCUGUGCCGCCGCCCGGCCCAAGACCCUUCACCUGGCCGGCCAGCAGCAUACCUCCUCACCAUGGCUGCAGGCUCUGAGGAAGGAGAAGUCAAGGGACGCGGCGCGGUCGCGGCGGGGAAAGGAGAACUUUGAGUUUUACGAACUGGCCAAGAUGUUGCCGCUGCCGGGCGCCAUCACCAGCCAGCUGGACAAGGCCUCCAUCAUCCGGCUCACCAUCAGCUACCUGAAGAUGAGGGACUUCGCCAACCAGGGAGACCCGCCGUGGAACCUGCGCAUUGAGGGACCGCCGCCCAACACCUCUGUCAAAGCUAUCGGUAGCCAGCGGAGGAGGAGUCCCACCGUUGUCGCCUCAGAGAUCUUCGAACCUCACCUGGGCAGCCACAUCUUACAGUCUCUGGACGGGUUUGUAUUUGCACUAAACAAGGAGGGACGUUUCCUCUACAUCUCUGAGACCGUCUCCAUCUACCUGGGACUGUCACAGGUGGAGCUGACCGGCAGCAGCGUGUUUGACUACAUCCAUCCCGGCGAUCACGUGGAGGUGGCAGAGCAGCUCGGCAUGAAGCUUCCUCCGGGCCGAGGGAUGUCUCUCUCCCAGGGAGCCGUCAACGAAGACGGGGCGUCCUCGGCUUCAUCGUCGUCGCACUCCGAGACGCCCGAACCAGUGGAGUCCAGCAGUCCCAGUCUUCUGGCUCCUGAUAACACUCUGGAGAGAUCCUUCUUCGUCCGGAUGAAGUCCACGCUCACAAAGAGAGGAGUGCACAUCAAGUCCUCAGGAUAUAAGGUGAUCCACAUCACGGGGCGUCUGCGGAUCAGGAUGGCGCUCACACACAGCCGCUCGGUACCCAAUCAGAUCAUGGGGAUGGUGGUGGUGGCUCACGCCCUCCCGCCGCCCACCAUCAACGAGGUUCGCAUCGACUGUCAGAUGUUCGUCACCCGAGUCAACAUGGACCUCAAGAUCGUCUACUGCGAGAACAGGAUCAGCGACUACAUGGAUCUGACUCCAGUGGACAUCGUGGGGAAGAGGUGCUACCAGUUCAUUCAUGCCGAAGACGUGGAGGGAAUCAGACAGAGUCACCUGGACUUGAUGAAUAAGGGUCAGUGUGUGACGAAGUACUACCGGUGGAUCCAGAAGAACGGCGGUUACAUCUGGAUCCAGUCCAGCGCCACCAUCGCCAUCAACGCCAAGAACGCCAACGAGAAGAACAUCAUCUGGGUCAACUACGUCCUCAGUAAUCCAGAGUAUAAAGACACGCCCAUCGACAUCGCUCAGCUGCCCAACCUACCAGAGAAAACCUCUGAAUCCUCCGAAUCGUCCGACUCUGAAUCUGAGUCCAAAGAAAACUCAGACAACGAGAACGCCAAGCCAGAGGGGAAGUCAGGCCACCAAUCAGAACGCAGCGAAGACCCGGAGGCUGACAGCAAGCGUCAGCAGCAGCCCGGCCAACCGCACUGCUCCUCCGAACAGGAAAUGAAACGCCAGGAAGAAGGAGACAGCUCCAGUAACCCCGAGAGUCAGGACAGUGACGACAGCCUGGAGCCUUCAGACGGAGAGGCUGAGGAGCAGGAGGAGGUCAGGGGAGGAGGAGGAGGAGGAGGAGGAGGAGGAGGAAGUGGAGGCAGGUUGGGGAGGUUAACAGGACUGGGUGGAUUAGGGGGACUGAGCGCCAUCGGAGGACUGGGUAAUCUUGGUGGGCUUCAUAUUAAAGUGGAGCAUUAUGGAGAGGGGGAAGAAGUUCAGCUGCACAACUCGCAAACUUCUUCGUCAGAGGAGGAGGAAGAGGAGGAUGAGGACGAUGACGAGGAAGAGGAUGGAAGUGUGCAGGAUUGCGACAGCGCCAAUCCCGGAAACAAACAUCAGAAGAGGCGGAAGAGGAGGAAAGUGCAGAAAUGGGACGGGACCCGGAGCAGGAGGCUCCGCCUCUCCUCCACCACGCCCAGCCCCGUCGCCAUGGGAGACACCACGCCGCUGGUCGACCCCUCACAGGGUGCCUCCUCCGCCUCCUCCCACCUCCUCACCUCCUCCUCCGGCUCCCCAAACGCAGCUGCGACAUCCUCGGUCCUGAAAAUCAAGACGGAGAUGGCAGAACCGAUCAAUUUCGACAACGACAGCAGCAUCUGGAACUACCCGCCCAACAGAGAGAUUUCCAGAAACGAGUCUCCGUACAGCAUGACCUCCAAGCCGGCUGCUCCGGGGACCCACGAGACCUUCCCCUCACCCCAGGGAGGCUCUCUCCAGGUGGCUAUCCCCGACUCCGUCCUCACCCCUCCUGGAACCGAGGGAGGAGCGGGAGGAGUGAGGAAGCCUCCUUACAACGGGAGCUCAGCUCCGUCUUCUGCUUCCAGCGCUGCGAGUCUAGCUCCUCCCUCCAGCGCCUCCUCUGCGGACCCCUUGUCCCCUCCUCUCUCCGCUUCCCCACGGGACAAGCAACAAGGCACGCCCACCACCUCUUCCUCUUCUUCUUCCACUUCUUCAUCCUCUUCCUCGUCCUCAUCAACCCCUUCCUCUUCACUGCUGUACUCUGGCGAUCUCGAGGCGCUGCAGCGCCUGCAGGCGGGUAACGUCGUGCUCCCUCUGGUCCACCGGGUCACGGGGACUCUGGCGUCCACCAGCACGACGGCUCCACGGGUCUACACCACCGGGACCAUCAGGUACGCGCCGGCGGACGUCACCCUGGCUAUGGCACAAGGCAACCUCCUCCCCAACGGCGCCAUGAACUUUGUCGACAGCUCGGGGUUCGGCCUGGACCCGAAGACGCCCAUGGAGAUGCUCUACCACCACGUCCACAGGCUCAACAUGUCGGCAGCGGCGGCCGCCGGACCGUUCGUCGGCUCCCCGGCGGCUACGGGAGGAAACGGCGCCCUGGGAGGCCAGAUGCCGACGGCGGCCAACGUUUUCACCACGGCGGAGGGACUUUUCUCGACGCUACCGUUCCCGGUGUACAGCAACGGGAUCCACACCACGCAGACAACUCUGGAGAGGAAGGAGGAUUAACGCAAAACAUUCGAGACCGCAUUACUGUGUUUUCCGGAAUCAACGACUGUGUCAAAGUAAAAGACUACUCACUCGUUAAAAAAAAAAAGAAAAAAAAGAGACUAUUUACUUGCUAUCUUUUAUCAACACGGUGUAGCACUGUGUUUCCGAGAGGGGAGAACGGACAGGAAAUGGAUGACAGAUGUACUCUAGCACUUUGAAUCUGAGCAACUGAGCUUGUGUAAUAGACAUGAAUGACCCUCAAACAUGUCCCCCCCCCCUCCCUCCCCCCUCCCCUUUUUCUAUCUUUUUUCUCUCUGCUCCUCAUCCUCCUCUCCUCCGCUCUCUCUCUCUUUGCUCCUGUUUCUUGCGAUCAGCAAAGUUUUUCUCCUGAACGAAUGAACUAAAAAAAAAAAAACAACAACAAAAACAGACUAUUCUUUAUUGUAAAGAAUUCCUUUUUUGCCUACAGAGAAUUCAUAUUGCCGAAGGACUCCGCUGGAGCCUGACGGGGAUAAAUUUUUAUUAUUUGACUUGUUUCUGUUGCAUCUUUAUGAAGAUGCUGAUUGUGUGUAUUUAAAGGAGGACGGUACAGGGAUUUGUAACGGACAGAAAACUCUAUGCGGCUCUCCUCUGCAUCUUGAUGUGAUCAAGACUUGAAAAGAAAGUUUUUAAACCGAGAGGAGGGCGCUCGCUCCCCCGCACCUGACAAGAGGUGUCAUAAGAUAAUAAUCUUUUGAAAAAAGGUUUUUGAGGACGUUUCUCGAUUGAGGGAAUAGUUUAGAGAAUUAAAAUGCUGUUUUUUUUU